GAUCAGUGAUCGGGCACGAUUAAACUCGACAAGAUCGCCCGCAAUCUCUCGUGUCCGUGCGAAAUUUGCAACCCGACUGGUGGUCUCUCGUCCCUCUGUCUGUCGUUAAAGUCUCCGAUCCAAGAUGCGGCGGAGACUCGUCUCCGUUCUGCCGCUUGUGGUCCCGAUCAUUCGAUCGAGAGAAGUUUCUUUAUGCAAUUAUCAGUGGAGACUGUAAUGUACGUAAACGGGCGAUUAUUGGUUAAGAAAUAAGGGAACGUUUCGGCUCGCGGUGAUUACCGGUGACUACUGCAAGACGACAACGAGGAAACGGGGACCGUUUAUUGCAAGGUUGCAUUAUACCUCACGAAGCACCGGCGUGACCAUGAUUUUGCGAACCUGUCUUUGGCUCAAUCUCUUAGCGGUUUCGGCGCUGUGCCUGACAGCGGACGAGAUCGAGGCACAGAGGAGCGGCUGGAACCUAAAUCCCAACACGCAGUAUCACAUUCAAACUGACGAGGGCCCGGAGAGAUUCUUUCGCUAUCAAACGUCGAACGGUCAAUACAGGAAAGAAAAAAGGCUAGCCGAUGGCACGGUGAUCGGCACCGAAGGCUGGCUGGACCCUCUCGGAUAUUUACGACUGAAGGAUUACAUUGCGGACCACGAGGGAUUCCGGAUACUAAAAUCAAAAAUGGUUUACGUGGGUAAAGAUCGGCCCAUUCAAGAUGCAGUGGCGGAAAGCAAGAAAGUUCCGGCGCAGACUGGAGUCCUGGCCAGACCCAGAAGGCCACCCAAUCCUUUCAGACGACCGGAUCCCAACGCUAUCGUGCCGCUGUCCGGGAACGACAUUACUUCCGGUUAUUACACACCGACGACCAUCAGACCUCGACCAUUUUACACGCCGAUUGCGGGCAACGAUUAUUAUUCGAAUCGACCAAGCUACUCCUCGUCCGGGCUGCAGAGCCUAGACGCGUAUCCUCGACCACAGGCUUACUAUCGCCGAUCUGGAACUCGGCGACCGACUCCGAUCCUCGAGACUCCCUACGAUCCCGCCGUCGGAGACUCCUCCGUCAGGCCGAACUACCAAUCUCCCAUUUCGCGAAGCGAUACGGCCGAUUUGCCGCCUUACGACGGCACUCACACGACGGCGAACGGUUUCCAGUACUACUUGAGACGGCAGUAUCACGAGGAGGAGCGCGAACCCGCCGGCAACAAUGUCGGCUCGUUCGGCUACAUCGAUCCGUUCGGCAUCCGACGGGUGAUAUAUUACAGAACGGAUCCGCACACCGGCGGAUUCCAGCACAAGAAGAACAAUCGAUACGUCGGCUUCAACGCGACGCCGUACGAUCCGCUUCCACCCGAUCUGUCGAGGGCGCGGAUCUCGCGAGCCCCCCCUGCGAGCGCCACGUAACCGAGUUCCCUCAGUUAUUCAUCGCUUCGCCGCCGCAUGUAGCACCGUUUUAUCACGAACAGCUCAUCAUCCGAUAUCGCGUCGACGCUGGGUCUUGCCAAUCGCUGCGGACGGCCUCGGUUCGACUCGAUGAUCUCGGCAGCGGGACCGCUCGUCGGAUCGAAUCGCCGCCGAUGUUGCUGAUGUUCUCCGAAGCAAUCUCCGUUGGUGGUCGAUUUUCCGGUCGCGAUGAAAUCGACGAAUGCUGAAGGGAGGAAGAAGAAUAGCGUACAGAUCGCUAUUUCCGCGCCUGAAAGAUGAGGCGCGGGGGAUUCUCGAUCACCAACGUUGCUUAGCAUUUCUCCAAGUGCCACGACUGACUCUUUUUUUCUCCGAUUACGACUCCGUUGCGUCAUCGUUAACGGUUGCCAGUAUUACUCGCGAUGAUGUAGUGUUACGAAGAAGGAGAAUCGAUUGAAUCAGAAGAUGGUCGAAGUGCAGUGGGUGAAGAAGUCUCUCAACGGGAAAAAAGAAGUUCACAUAGAGGCAAGAUGAACACAAUGACUGUUCAUCGAGAACAGUCGCGCGCGGCUUCCUGAUUCAUCGUUCUGCCUUUGUUACGUUAUUAUCGCGGGCAGAUGAUCGGAUAUCGCGAGGAGACAACGUUAGGAUGCCAUGUUGAACUAUACUUUCAGGGAAGCGCGGUGGGACUUUCCUGGAAAGAAAAGAAAACUGUAGAAUCGCGUCGGACAAUGUUUGCCAACUUUUCCAGUUGCGUCACCGAUCUACAAACCCGUGCGACUGUCGGUCGUUAUUGUAUCGUGUGUAAGCUUCUUUCAGUCCACAUUUUUCUUUAGAAAUAGAAAGUAUUCAUUCUCACUGGAGAUUUAAUGAAAAAAAUAUGACUUUUUAACGGCAAGAUUUUGAAGAAAUAUUUUAUUUGUAUCGGCUUUACGCGACAAUUUUUAAAUUUCUGCAUCUUUUAUCAUUUUUAUGUUUCUCCAUGAUUUUUUGCACUGUUGGCGAAUAUUGACCCGCGUUAAGAGAUCCCACUUACCGAAUCAAAAUAGAACGGCCGGCACUUUGGCAUGAACGGAUCGGACGUUAACUUUACAAUGUGCUAUUUUUUUAAUUUGAUAACAUCUGAUGAUUAAUAUUAUCAUCAAAUUACAUCUUAAAGAUUUCUGAUGUACAAAGAUAAUGAUUACAAUGCAAAUAUGCAUUGUUUUGCGCUGUAGAGUUAACUCAAUGUGAGCCGCAGAUCUGGGAAUCUUGAUAGCUUUCUAUUGCCAAGUCUAUUGACGCUAUAAUGUAGCUUCUUUCAUAAUUAUUAAUGCGUGUCCGAAUAUACUUUUUACUAAUUUCUCGCGGCCAGAAUGCGCCCGCUUGUGCCAAACAACGAAAAGGCCGCGUAGUGUUAGUUAAUCGUUAAGUUAAGUCUUGUUAACGUCGCGACAAUGGUGCUGAUUGUUAAGUAAAAGCGGAUACACCGCGCACUUUCCGUUCUUUUAUGGCGAUGAGAACCGUGCCGUUCCGCUCUGUGCGCGUAGUCAAUUGCGAUUUUCGGAUUAAAGUUCCCCGUGAGCGACAUUAAUUAUCAUUAACAUCUGCGUAGGAGUGAAGGAAUAUGAUUUGUGCAUAAGAUAUCGUUUUAUGCUUAACUUAUUUCGUACGUGUAACAAACGCGAAAGUGAACGACUGUUCGCACGUGGAAUGUCAAAUAUGUGAUAUCAUAUGGUAUAAUUUACACAAAAAUCAAAUAAAUAAAACAUAUAUUUAACA